AUGAGUGUAAGGCACAUUUUUUGUGUAGAUUUAUUUGACAGCUUGAAGUGUAACAAAAGAAUGUUUGAAGAAAAACAUGGUGAGGAUGUGAAAGGUCUCAUUGCCCUUUACGAAGCAUCGCAACUAAGUAUUGAAGGAGAAGAUCAUCUUAACGAUGUAGGAUACCUCUGUUGGGAACUUUUACAUGCAUGGUUGUCAAGAAAUCAAGAACAUAAUGAAGCUUUAUAUGUUGCAAACGCUCUUCAGAAUCCACUUCAUUAUGGCUUGUCAAGAUUUAUGGAUAGAAACAUAUUCAUCCAUAAUUUGAAGGCUGAAAAGGAUUUGAUAUGUUUAAAGGAACUUGCUAAUAUCAACUCCAGCAUAGUUAGGUUCAUGAACCAGAAUGAGACCACUGAAGUUUCCAAAUGGUGGAAAGAACUUGGACUAGCCAAGGAGGUGAAGUUUUCAGAGUAUCAACCUCUGAAAUGGUACACAUGGCCCAUGGCAUGCUUUACAGAUCCAAACUUUUCAGAACAAAGGAUUGAGCUCACAAAACCCAUCUCUUUGAUUUAUGUUAUUGACGACAUUUUCGAUGUUCACGGGACAUUGGAUCAACUUACAAUAUUCACAGAUGCUAUUAACAGGUGGGAAAUCACUGGCACUGAGCAACUUCCAAACUUCAUGAAAAUAUCUUUGAAUGCACUUUACGACAUUACCAAUAAUUUUGCUGAAAAGGUCUACAAGAAGCAUGGAUUCAACCCUAUAGACACUCUUAAAAAAUGGUGGAUACGCUUAUUGAACGCUUUCAUGGAAGAGGCUCGUUGGUUGAAUUCUAGUCAUUUGCCAAGGGCAGAGGAUUACUUGAACAAUGGAAUUGUGAGCACCGGAGUCCAUGUUGUGCUUGUACAUGCAUUCUUCUUGUUGGAUCAUGUUAAUGGUAUAACAAAGGAGACAGUUGAUAUCUUGGAUGAAAAUUUUCCAAAUGUCAUAUAUUCGGUGGCAAAAAUUCUUCGUCUCUCUGAUGAUUUAGAAGGAGCUAAGAGUGGAGAUCAAAAUGGUCUUGAUGGGUCAUAUCUUGAUUGCUUCAUGAGUGAACACCAAGAUAUUUCCGGGGAAGACGUGCAAAGACAUGUUGCUCGCAUGAUUUCAAAUGAAUGGAAAUGUCUCAAUCAAGAAAUUCUGGUUGCAAAUAAGUUUUCAUCAUCAUUUUCCAAUUUUUGUAUCAAUGCUGCAAGAAUGGUUCCCCUCAUGUACCACUAUAAGAGCAACCCUAGCCUAUCUAAUCUCUAGGAACAUGUCAAGUUAUUGAUUAAUGUUGGUGUUGGAUGCAAUUAGUACAGUUUCAAAUAUUGUAAUCUGUUGUUUAUGUACAACAUAUAUUGAUUUGUAAUUUCAGUUGGGCAUUAU